GUAAGAUGAAGUUCUUUCAUAUUGGUUGGUUGAUUUUUGGGUUAAUAUGUGAUUCUUUGUGUAAUUGUAGCAGGAAGGAUGAGUGACACAGAGGACGACAAUGAGAUUUCCUUUACAGUGAAGUUUAUUGGCCGAGUUGAGGUGCUCCGCCCUAAUGGACUUAGUAUCCUGGAGGAAGCAGCUCAGAGCCUUAAGACACCUGAUCCUUACGCCUCUGAGAAGACCGCCAAGAAGAGCAAGGUCCACCUCUUUGUCUCCCUGAAUGGUGUGGACAUUUUGGAGAACAAAACCAAGUUCCUGCUGUACACCUGCCCGCUCGCCACCAUCUCCUUCUGCGCCGUCAUGCCGUCCUCGCCCAAAGUCUUCGGCUUCGUGGCCAAGCACCCUGCGGUGGACAUGUACCACUGCUACCUGUUCAAAAGUGACACCUUGUCCCACGUGCUGGUCUCCGCUGUCGGCGACGUCUUCCGAACCGCCAAAAAGGAGGAGAGGACGAGAGGAGGUCGAGAUCUGAUUGUUGAGGCGCUCAGGCACAAGAACAAAAUUCUGCAAAAGCAGAAUUCCGAGCUCAAGAGGAGGCUUGCAGCGAAAACUGUCCAACAAUAAGGUGCUGGUGUGUUGAACAUACAUAAUACAUGCAGUGCAGGCCCGAGGUUUGGACACACAUUCAAUGGCUUUUCUUCAUUUGCAUGACUAUUUACAUUGUAGAUUGUCACUGAAGGCAUCAAAACUAUAAAUGAACACACGUGGACUUAUGUACUUUGCAAAAAAAAAGGUGAAAUAACUGAAUAUACCGUAUUUCCUUCAAUUGCCGCCGGCCAUAUAGUAAGCGCCUGCCUUGAAUUACUGCCGGGUCAAACUCGCUUCGCAAAAUAAUUAGUGCAUGCUUAGUAUUACCACCGGCUCAAACUCGUCACGUCACUAGUGACACUUCCCCUGUCGUCAUUUUCACAAUGAAGGAGGCUGAUUUCAAUACCGGUAAGGGAAGAAGAUUAAGAGCUAUUCAGUAGGAUUCAAGGUCCAAGCUAUUGAAUUUGCUAAAAAGAACAGUAAGCAGCUAUGUUUUAUUAAUAUACCUGUGGAGCUGACGGUCCGACAGACAGAUGGCGGCGAGGAGACGGCGAGCGACCUGGACUGAGGUUUUAUUGAAAAAUUAACAAAGUCAAACUGCUCAAGCCAUGUCCUUCCUUGGUGGUCCUGGGAACCCGCAAGACGACGGCUUGAGACUGUCACAAUACCGAUAUGCUAAAAAGAACAGUAAGCAGAUAUGUUUUAUUAAUAUACCAUAGCUGCGUGUGUCAAAUAUGAGUCAUUAAAUGACUUCCGCCUCUUGGUGGUAGAGGGCGCUAGUGAUCCUUCUUGCGACUACUCGGCUGCAGAAGAAGUGAAAUGAGUGACAUGAUAUGUGCUGGAGGAGGUAAUAAAAGAAGAUCUCCAUCGAGACAGAGAGACUUUUAAAACUGAAAAAAGAUAAGGAAGACUUCUAUAAACAAGUUAUUGAUGCUUUUGAUCAGAAGGACCUGGCAUCGACUAUAAGUAAAGGUAAGACCAUAAUAAGGUUUUUUUAUUUUUUAUUAAAUGUGCUUUUUAUGAUGGUAUCCUUACAUCACACUCAAAUUUUUACUGCAUGCCUUUGUGUCAGGGUGAGAAAAAGUUUUAAAUUAAUUAGUGCAUGCUUACUUUUACCGCAUGCCUUUGGUAAGCGCAGGAGUGAGAAGAGGUUUGGCAAUUCAAGGCAAUACGGUAUUCUAGUUUCUUCAAAAUAGCCACCCUUUGCUCUGAUUACUGUUUUGCACACUCUUGGCGUUCUCUCCAUGGGUUUCAAGAGUUGUCACCUAGGGGGGUUUUCACUUCACAGGUGUCAUAGUUUUGAUGCCUUCAAUGACUAUCUACAAUGUAAAUAAUAUUGAAAUGAGAAGGUGUGUCUAAAUGUUGGACCUGUACUGUACAUAAUAUUCACAGUUUUUCUGUAAAAGUAUCAAAAUUUGUUGUGAAAUUGUGGUCAGAAAAGAUGAAAAUGACAAAUUACUCCAUUCUUUAUUCAACCUAAAUGUUUAUUGUACAGUCUAUGCAUUCAUUGACUUCAGCCAGGAAGAUUCUUUUAUAUUGACAUGUUUUUCUUACUUUGUGAUUAUAUACUGAAUAUUAGAUAUGUGUGACAAAAAUCAAAUGGGGCGGAGGUGCAAAAGUCUGCCCUCCACUGCUGCUAAUCAUCUUUAAAGUUGUCAUUUUUUCUUUUGUUUUCGAGUCACUUUGACUCAAAUCCAACAAAAAAUGUUUUAAGAAUAGCCUACUGUAAUGGAUCAUCAAUACAUUAAUAA